AUUAAUUUUUAUCUAGUACUUUUAUCGUAAUUUUUUAGGCUGAUGGGGAAGGAUGAUAAACUACAAUUGCUACAUUUAUGUAUUUUACAUUAACUUAAUCCAUGACAUGGCGAUACUCGCUAGAUAAAGCAUGUUUUAUGCGAGAUCUAUGUGUCCCUGGACCUAUCAGAAACUUCUAAAGAAAUGAAAAAUGCUGACACUUGUUAGUAAAGCAGUCUCCUACCUCUGGGGCAGCCCUAAUUUAGAUGAUUCUAGCACUGGCAGUCAGAAUGACAUUCUCCCUAGUGCUGGAUUGGGUGACUCGUAUGAUAUACUUCCCGAGCAGAAGGAGACCCCAGUGGAAAGAGAAAAAAUAUCACUGCAUGGAAGAGUAACUCAUAUCAGGAAAAGUGAUAGCUAUGGUCUUAUAAAUGGGCAUAUAUAUUUUAAAUUUGAAUCGGUUAUUGGUGCUGUUCAACCAAAAAUUGGAAACGUUGUAUCACUUUCUGCUUCUCGCAAUAAGAAGGAAGAUGCUUGGUGUGCUGAUAGUGUUCAGAUACUGAGUGAGUCAUGGGAAUUUGACGAUACUGAAGAAAAAUGUGAUAAACACGUUAACAAGUGUAUGUCUGAAGAAUGUGCAGCUGAAGCCAACCUAGGUGAUCACAGAAUAUUUCAUAGCUCAGAAAAUAGACAAUAUCAAUCUGUUCUUGCUGUGGUAACAUCCAUGAAUGGAAAUCAUGGCAUUUUAAAUGAAACAGCAAAGUUUACGUUGCAGGUGGGGUAUGAGCUGACCAGAGUUUUAUUUUUUACUUCAUAUUUAUUAUAUUUCAUUAAAUUUAAAAAAUCUUGGGGGUUAUGGAAAGAAAAUUUAUGCAAAAGAUUUCAUUAAACAAAAUAUAAUAAAAAUGCAGUAAAAACUAACAUUGUUUCUUAGUCUUCUGUAGUGAAUUUUUUAUGGAAAUUCUUAAAAAUGUUAAGCUUCCACAUGUAGUGUAUUAUAAAGCUGGGAAAGUUUUAAAACAUUAUACAUUUGGCUUUGAUUUUCUAUGCAUUUGUUUCUAGUUAUAGAAGGUUGAAAUUAGCAGUUCUUUCAUCAGCAAUAUACAUAUUUAAAUGUAGAAAUUCAGAUUUUCUCAGAACAACUAGAUUAUUGCCUAUGUAUUUUUAUUUUUCUAUUUAUAUAUGUUUGCAGAUGAGCAAAUGGUAAUUGAGUUUUUUUUGGGGGUGAAUGACAAAACUAUAUCCCAAUAUAUAUAUAUAUUUGAAUUUAUUGGGGGUUCUGGUUAUGUCUGUACAAAUGGGUUCUUGCUUAAGCUGAAAUAUGACGAACCUUAUUCUAAUUCUUUCACAGAACUCUUCUGUUUGGGGCCUCAAUGAUUAUUUUCUUGUGUUGAAAAGAAUACUAGUAUAUUUUAUAUAUAUUAGCUCGUCAAGAAAUUAAUGUUGCAUUUUUGGAACACUUUCAUUAACAAC